GAUUUCAUCAUAUCCAGCGGCCAGCUGUUCGCGAGACAGAAUUCGGCGGCAGGCAGCAAUUGGAGAAAAAGUGUCGUGUUUGUAUAACUUUGACUGAAAGAUUCACGGAAAACUCAUCAUUUUAUUUACUGGAUUAAUACUUAUAGAUGAUCAGCGGCGUAGUGGAACCAACAAGAUCUCCUAGAUCCGGCAAAAUCUGCAACAUUGAUCCAGAGAGGUACAUUACGCCCAGCAUCAUAAUCGGUGGUUGUAUCAAGCAACAUUCAAUGGCUUUCUCCUCGCUCUGAAAAUGGCCACCUUCCAUUCGCUGCUCCAGCUAAAGAGGAAUAACGUCAGCAGGUUCUUGAUUGUCGGGGGUGAGCGAAAAAGACACAGAGAGAUGAAACUUGCAAACAUAUGAAGGAAGUAAUCAUUCACCUUUCCUUUUGAGAUUGUGAAGGAAUAUUGCAAAGGAAUAACAUUCAAAAUUAACAGACAUUUGCAGAAACUCAAAGACAUACAUUUGCUUGCCAAUCAUAUUCAUUGUGUGUGAAACAACUAUAUGUAAUAUGCCAACCAACUGGAAACCAUUUGUUUAUGGCGGGACUGCAUCCGUUGUGGCAGAAUGUGGGACUUUCCCACUUGAUCUGACAAAGACAAGACUUCAGGUCCAGGGUCAGAAGAUGGAGGCCAACUUUCGAGAGCUCAAGUACCGGGGAAUGUUCCAUGCCCUCACAAAAAUUGCCAAGGAGGAGGGCAUCUUGGCUCUCUACUCAGGGAUCCGACCUGCCAUCCUCAGACAGGCCGUUUAUGGCACCAUCAAGAUAGGCUGCUACCACUCCUUCAAGAGAAUCCUUGUUGAUAACCCAGAGAAUGAGACCCUACCAGUCAACGUCCUGUGUGGGAUGACGGCAGGAGUCAUCGCAUCGGCGAUAGCAAACCCCACUGAUGUGCUCAAGGUGCGUAUGCAGGCCCAGAGUGCAAGCUUUGCCAAUGCCGGGGGAAUGUUCAACUCAUUUGUCACCAUUUUCCAAGAGGAAGGUACAAAAGGGCUAUGGAGGGGUGUUGUGCCAACUGCACAGAGAGUAGCAAUAGUGGCCGGUGUAGCACUGCCGGUGUAUGACUGGUGUAAAAAGACAGUACUAGAUAGAAGGCUGAUGGAGGAUGAUGUCAGACUACACUUCUUGUCAAGUUUCAUGGCUGGUUUAGCUGGUGCCAUCUUAUCCAACCCAGUUGAUGUUGUGAGAACCAGACUGAUGAAUCAGCGAAAUCUGAGGAAAGGAGUGGUCACUUCGUCAAGUAGCUUCAUGUACAGGAAUUCAAUUGAAUGCUUGUUAAAGACUGCGAAAUAUGAGGGUUUCAUCGCACUCUACAAGGGAUUUGUACCUACAUGGGUUCGCCUUGGCCCCUGGAAUAUCAUUUUCUUCAUAACAUACGAGCAGUUGCAACGGCUACCUUUAUGAUGACUACCUCAGCAUCCCGACAGCUGGUCAUUGGCAUUGGUUAAACACCUACAUAUAGAUGGACAACUGGUGAAUGCUGAGAGCAAAUCAUGUGACUUGGUUUCUUAAGGGAUUAUGUUGAUGACUUCAUGGUAGCUCUUGGAUGCCAUGUGACUUGGCUGUAUUCCUCUCUAGCGUGAGUCAGGGAUCCUUGACAUUUGAGAGGUUAAAGUGGAAUAGUGACCUUUGGGCACUCAGAGGAUCAUGGAGAUGUUGACAGGGUCAAGAAGAGUUCUACAGAUACAGAAGUGUUUUGUCACACCUAGUUCUAUCACUUCCAAAUAGCCCAAGUUUCUCUGAUGACAGUGGUUUCUAACAUUGCAACAUUGCAAAUUUUACCCUCUGAUAUGUGCCUUGCAUGAGGAUUCCUUAUUUGGAAUCAUCACUGUGCUGUGUUAAACAAAAGACCAACAUCAUCACUUCUGUAGAUGGUUACCAGGAUUGCCUCAAGGAAGCCAGUCAGUCCUCAGAAUCAGAUGCCAUGACUUUGCUUUCCUGCAUGAAAGAAAACUAUUUAAUCUUUUUUUAACAUAUAUUUGGUGUAAGUGCAAGAAGGAACACUAAUAUUUCUAAACCUUUUAGUUUGGGAUGGAUAACCUUGUGAAGAUUUCAUUAGAAUGCCGAUGGAAUCCCACUUUGUCAAGAAAGUCUACUUGAUGAGAACAAAGAAUUUCUUCUUACACAGGCCAUUAUGCAGCCAGUCUUUGGCAUCAGAGAGAGCAUUUGCCACAUUGCAGCCAGCAGAUAGAUACAGUGUGUCAUUGCUGAUUGACUUAUUUGAAAUCACAGUGGCAUCUGCUUACUCUCAACUUCAUGCAACUUGCAUGCUCUGCAACUUAUCUACUUAUAUUGUUUUAGAGAUGUUUGUUUAUGCUAUACAAGUGCAUUGUGUACAUGCUGAAGUAUUAACAAUGUCAACAAAUUGGACAGAGUGUGUGUGAAUAGAAAGAGACCUUGGUCCCGUUUCAUAAAGACUUGUUAUAAUAACAAAUGCAAGAUUUCUAUAACAAAUUGACUAUCAGCCAAUCAGAUUGGAGUAUUUCUGUAGCUUAUAACUGUUACUGUAAAUUUGUUACUGUAACAAGUUUUAUGAAACGGCCCCCUGUUCUUGGCUUUAGUGGGGAGGAAAUUGUAGUUUGCUGAUCCCAGAACUUUGAAAAAAAAAUAGAUACAGAGUAGUACCUGUAAUACAGUUUUAUUAGUGGAGCCAGCUAACUGGAUGUACUAACAGACAUUACCUUCAGCCUUUAUUGGGAGUGGAUUAUAAUUUGCUAACCCCAAAGUUGUAGAAAGAAAAAAAAAAGAACUCAUAAGAACUGUAAUCGAUGGAGACAGCAAACUUGUUGUACUAAAGACCUUAAAUUCUGUUUUCAUGGGUGUGGAUUAUUAUUUGCCGACCCCAACAUUGGAAAAAAAAAGAAGAGAAGAAAACUUAUCGGGACUAUAAUUGAUGGACCAGCUAUCAUGCUGUAUUAUAAAAGACAUUAGAUUCUGCUUUCGUGGGGUGUGGAUUGUAAUUCAUAUUUUGAUACCCCGCGACUAGUUUAACUUGAAAACAAAAGAA